GAGGACGCGGCGGCUGGCUGGAGAGACUGCUGUAGGAGACAUGGCAGGUCCCCUGGCCUGCUUGCCUAGCUGUCACUCAGCAUCCCUUUGAGGCGUUCCCGCGCCCGCCCCCUCCCCGAGGGGCGGGGCUGACACUGGUACCCAGAGCCGGCGCGCGGGGCGGCGGGGCUGCACCGGGUGAGCGGAGACCCUGCAGGCGGUGCUAUGCAGCCCGGGUACCACCGAGGCGGGAGCGCGAGCGCAGCCGGGAGCGAGUGAGUGGAGCGAGGCCGCAGCCGCCGCCGCCUGUGGGAAGAUGAAGGAGAUUUGCAGGAUCUGUGCCCGGGAGCUGUGUGGCAACCAGCGGCGCUGGAUCUUCCACACUGCGUCCAAGCUCAACCUGCAGGUUCUGCUUUCUCACGUCCUGGGUAAGGAUGUCUCCCGCGAUGGCAAAGGCGAGUUUGCUUGCAGCAAGUGUGCUUUCAUGCUCGAUCGGAUCUAUCGAUUCGAUACGGUUAUCGCUCGGAUCGAAGCCCUUUCUAUCGAGCGCUUGCAGAAGCUGCUGCUGGAGAAGGACCGCCUCAAGUUCUGCAUUGCCAGCAUGUAUCGGAAGAAUAAUGACGAGUCUGGCGCGGAGGCCAAGGCGGGGAAUGGGACGGUUGACAUUUCCGGCUUACCCGAGGCGCGAUACUCCGCACUGCUCCAGGAAGACUUUGCCUAUUCAGGGUUUGAGUGUUGGGUAGAAAAUGAGGAUCAGUUUCAGGAACCACACAGCUGCCAUAGCUCGGAAGGCCCUGGAAACCGACCCAGGAGAUGCCGUGGCUGUGCAGCCUUGCGGGUUGCUGAUUCUGACUAUGAAGCUAUUUGUAAGGUACCUCGAAAGGUGGCCAAAAGUAUCUCCUAUGGCCCCUCUACCAGGUGGUCCACCAGCAUUUGCACAGAAGAACCAGCUUUGUCCGAGGUUGGGCCACAGGACUUGACAAGCACAAAGGGACCUCCCGAUGGAGAGAGCAUGGAGGAAGGCACACCAGGCUCCUCUGUGGAGUCUUUGGAUGCGAGUGUCCAGGCUAGUCCUCCACAGCAGAAGGAUGAAGAGGCGGAGAGAAAUGUAAAGGAACUUGUAAAGUGUGACUGUUGUUCAGAUGAACAGGCGCCACAGCAUCUGUGUAACCAUAAACUGGAGCUUGCUCUUAGCAUGAUUAAAGGCCUUGAUUAUAAACCCAUCCAGAGCCCCCGAGGGAGCAAGCUUCCUAUUCCAGUGAAAUCUAGCCCACCUGGAGCCAAGCCUGGCCAGAUCAUGACAGACGGAGUGAGUUCCGGUUUCCUUAACAGGUCUCUGAAACCCCUUUUCAAGGCACCUGUGAGUUAUCCCUUGGAGAUGUCAGACCUGCAGGAGCUGUGGGAUGAUCUCUGUGAAGAUUAUUUGCCACUCCGAUUCCAGCCUAUGACAGAAGAGCUAUUCAAACAACAAAAGCUAAGUUCAGCUGAGACUACCGUAAUUCAGCAGCACGUAUCUGAUUCUCACUUAGCAGAACUCCAGGAAAAAAUCCAGCAAACAGAGACCACCAACAAGAUUCUUCAAGAGAAACUAAAUGAAAUGAGCUUUGAACUAAAGUCGGCUCGGGAAUCCUCUCAAAAGCAAGAUGGUACAAUUCAAAGCCUCAAGGAAACUCUGAAAAGCAGGGAAAAUGAGACUGAGGAGUUGUAUCAGGUGAUUGAAGGUCAAAAUGACACAAUGGCGAAGCUUCGAGAAAUGCUCCACCAGAGCCAGCUUGGACAACUUCAUAGCUCAGAGGGCGCUUCCCCAGCUCAGCAGCAAGUGGCUCUGCUCGAUCUUCAGAGCGCUUUAUUCUGCAGCCAGCUUGAAAUACAGAAGCUCCAGAGGUUGGUACGCCAGAAAGAACGCCAGCUGGCCGAUGCCAAACGAUGUGUGCAGUUUGUGGAAGCUGCAGCCCAUGAGCGAGAACAGCAGAAAGAGGCCUCGUGGAAGCAUAACCAGGAAUUAAGGAAAGCAUUACAGCAACUGCAGGGAGAAUUGCAGAACAAAAACCAACAGCUUCAUACCCUGGAGGCUGAGAAAUACAAUGAGAUUCGAACCCAAGAGCAGAACAUUCAGCACCUAAGCCAUAAUCUGAGUCACAAAGAACGGCUACUACAGGAAUUGCAGGAGCUCCUGCAGUAUCGUGAUAACUCAGACAAAAACCUUGAUGCAAAUGAAAUGUUGCUUGAGAAACUUCGGCAGCGGAUCCAAGAUCGUGAUGCUGCCCUGGAGCGGGCUAUUGAUGAAAAGUUCUCCGCUCUAGAAGGAAAAGAAAAAGAACUCCGCCAUCUUCAUCUUGCCAUCAGAGAACGAGACCAUGACGUAGAAAGACUGCGUGAUGUCCUCUCCUCUAACGAAGUAACCAUGCAAAGUAUGGAGAGUCUCCUGAGGGCCAAAGGCCUGGAAGUGGAACAAUUAUCUGCCACCUGUCAAAACCUGCAGUGGCUCAAAGAGGAGAUGGAAACCAAAUUUAGCCAUUGGCAGAAGGAACAGGAAAGUAUUGUCCAGCAGUUGCAGACGUCUUUGCAUGACAGGAACAAGGAAGUGGAGGAUCUCAGUGCAACACUGCUCUGCAAGCUUGGGCCAGGGCAGAGUGAAAUAGCCGAGGAGCUGUGCCAGCGUCUCCAUCGAAAGGAAAGGAUGCUGCAGGACCUCCUCAGUGACCGAAACAAGCAAGCUGUGGAGCAUGAGAUGGAGAUCCAGGCCCUGCUUCAGUCGAUGAGCACCAGGGAGCAGGAGAGCCGCGCUGCUGCAGAGAAGAUGGUGCAAGCUCUCAUGGAAAGAAAUUCAGAACUACAGGCCCUGCGGCAGUAUGUUGGAGGGAAAGACUUCACCAUGUCCCAAGCCCUUACCUCCAACCAACCCGCUGAAGUUACCUCCGCUGGCCUUCAUCUUGGAGAACAGCCUGAUCCAGGUUCAAUGCAAAUACCCUCCCGAGAUGAGAGUACAUCAUUGACAAUCAAAGGGGAUUCUGGCAUACCCAGGUCCACAGUAGGAGACCUUGAUACUGUUGCAGGCAUGGAAAAAGAACUGAGUAAUGCCAAAGAGGAACUUGAGCUCAUGGCUAAAAAAGAAAGAGAAAGUCGGAUGGAACUUUCUGCUUUACAGUCCAUGGUCGCUGUGCAAGAGGAGGAGCUCCAAGUGCAGGCUGCCGACAUGGAGUCCUUGACCAGGAACAUCCAGAUUAAAGAGGACCUCAUCAAGGACCUGCAAAUGCAACUUGUUGAUCCCGAAGACAUACCAGCUAUGGAACGCCUGACCCAAGAAGUCUUACUCCUUCGGGAAAAAGUUGCUGCAGUAGAAUCUCAGGGUCAGGAAGCGUCAGGAAACCGGAGACAACAAUUGCUGCUGAUGCUGGAAGGACUGGCAGAUGAAAGGAGUCGCCUCAACGAAGCCUUGCAAGCAGAGAGGCAGCUCUAUAGCAGCCUGGUGAAGUUCCAUGCCCAUCCGGAGAGCUCUGAGAGAGACCGAACUCUACAGGUGGAACUGGAAGGGGCCCAGGUGUUGCGCAGUCGGCUAGAAGAAGUUCUGGGAAGAAGCUUGGAACGUUUAAGCAGGCUGGAGACCCUGGCCGCCAUUGGAGGUGGGGAACUGGAAAGUGUGCGAGUUCGUCACAAGCAUGCCUUCUGA